UGUGCAGCAAGACUAGACUCCUGGAAAAUGAGUUGGACACACACGUAAAAAAUAUGUCAACAAACGUGGACGAUCAGGACGAAGAUGAGGACUUUGAGCACCUUGAUCACAAGAUCAUGACGACGUACGAGAGGUUUGUCAAUGAUGGCAACACCAGUGACAACACCGGCGAUGAUGUCAGCAUCCACGUGGAUGAUGGAGAUGAACUGAUGGACAAACAAGUACAGAUCAACAAAGUGAACCAGAGGUCCGGUUCGUUCACUGUGUACAACACUGACACCACGGACGACACAAAAGUCUAUAUUGACGACCCGGCGGGAAACCCAUUUGCACCAAAGUCUACUUAUGAGUCGCUGAAGGAAGCUGUGAGUUCGGUAGUUGAGAAUUUGAUAUUCCGUGCAGUGACUGUGCUACUGAUUCUGCUUGACUUCAUCCUGGUGAUUAUCGAUUUGGCUCGGAACAGCUGCGCCACCAUCGAUAACGGGCUGGACAUCACCUCACACAUUAUCAUCUGUUUCUUCUUCCUCGAAGUCUCCGCAAGAAUAUUCUGUCAGGGACGUCAGUUUUUCUCGAGCAUCCUAGACAUUCUCGAUAUGGCUGUUGUGUUUAUUUCAUUCAUCAUUGACAUGGUUUUCAUCGGCAUUGAGGCAGAUAACUCAUGUCAAGAAUCGGACAAUGUUGACUAUGCAAAGUUGGUGGUGAUUGGUCGAGUGGUGCGUAUAAUCCGGAUAGCACGAAUUGUUUACCUCAUGGUUCUUCAAAAAAGACAAGUUACCAGGGCAACCAGAAAAAUAAUUUCUCAGAACAAACGACGUUAUCGAAAAGAUGGUUUUGAUCUUGAUUUGUGUUAUAUUACAGAAAGAAUAAUAGCCAUGUCAUUUCCAUCUAAAGGAGUUAUGGCGUUCUACAGAAAUCCUGUCAGGGAAGUUGCACGGUUUUUCAACACAAAGCAUCCCAAUCAUUAUAGAAUAUAUAAUUUAUGUAGUGAACGUGACUAUGAUGAGACACUAUUUCACAACAAUGUCCAGCGAGUACUGAUAGAUGACCACAAUGUGCCAACUCUCAGUGACAUGCUGGAGUACACAAAGGAUGUUCGAGACUGGAUGGCUGCUGACAAACAGAACAUCAUCGCAGUGCACUGUAAGGGAGGGAAGGGGCGGACUGGAACCAUGAUCUGUAUCUGGCUCAUCGACUGCGGACUCUUUGAAGAGGCAGAAGAGAGUUUGACUUACUUUGGAGAUCGCAGAACAGACCUCAGCGUGGGGAAGACUUUCCAGGGGGUAGAGACACCUAGUCAGAGUCGGUAUGUUGGAUACUAUGAGAAGUUAAAAAAUGAUUACGAUCGGCAGCUACCACCAAAAACCUACCUCAAGAUGACAUCGGUCAAAAUAGAGGCAAUCGCAGGUGUGGGCAAUGGAGAUGGAUCAGAUCUGUCAAUGGAGAUUAGGGCCAAUGGUUUGCUCAUCUACAGCUGCCAGUUUGGAAGCAACACUAACUGUCAGCUGAUAAAGUACACAGACAGUGACAGUAUUGUUGUGGAACUACAGAACAGUCCGCGACUGGAGGGCGAUAUCAAAAUCAUGUUUCACUCGACAAAUCCAUCUCUUCCCAAGGGAUAUGACAAGUGUCCUUUCUAUUUCUGGUUUAAUACGGCUUUCAUCGAAGAUAACAGGUUAUACCUCACCAGACAAGAGCUGGACAAUCCUCAUAAAAAGAAAGUUGCUCACAUCUUCAGGGAACAUUUUGCUGUUGAAGUUAAAUUCGAAAGUGUGGAAGCUCCAGCUUUAUGAUAAAAUACAACUGUUCCCGAUGUGCCGAUUGAAAUACAUCUUCUUCUGAUGUGCAAAUUGAAAUACAUCUUCCGAUGUGCUGAUUGAAAUAGAUCAGUUUCCUAUGUGCUGAUUGCUACUAUGAACAAAAUGCUGUGAUAUUGGUCUUCCAAACCGGACAAAGGACGAUUUUUUUAUUCAUGUGCUACUCCUGAAAGAUAUUCCAGAAUUGAUCACAUGGAAGGAGACAACAUACCUAUUUUGUUUUAUGCCCAGUGGUUAUGUUGAAAGAUUUUUUUCCCAUGCCUUCUUAGCUGAGGGGAAAUGUUAUUUUGUGGGUGAUGGAUAUACAUAAAAAUUGCCUCCCAUUCUACACACACACGCACAAACACGCAUACACAACCGAGAUCAAUUCUGGAGCAGCCUAAAUGGAGUGUUUCUUUCAUCAAGUGUAUUAAUACUCACGGUGUGACCUGUAACUAUACUCAACCAAAACAGAAAGUAUGCAUGUAAUCAAUAGUCAUUUAUUUCAUAAACCAGACGACAUUCAUGGCAGAAAGUAUGGAAUUAGAUAAGUGCACCAUUUAGGAGGUGUGUGUGCAGUAAUAUCACAAGUUGCACAAAUGUUUGCUGCCAAUGGACUAUUACAGUAACCACCCCAUGAAAUAAAAAUGUCAACAAUUAAAGAAGGCUUAGAAUGAAAGUCUCCAACAUCGUGACUGCUCCUGCAGAUCAGUAGGACGUGUGCCCGCCCCUGGCAUUGAUGCAGGCUUGACAUCAGCAUCUCAUGGAGUGAAUGGUCCUGUUCACGAACUCAGUGGGGAUGUUUCUCCACUCCUGUUCAAGGGCCUGCUGCAGCUGUUGAAGGUUCAAUGGCUGUGGGUCAUUCCACAAGUGCUCUAUGGGAUUGAGGCCUGGCAACACUGCUGGCCAGGACAACACGUCCACAUGGUGUAGGGACAGAAAUGCAGUACACACUCUGGCAGCAUGCAGUAGAGUGUUGUCUUGUUGGAACAUCAUGUGUGGAUGCUGUGCCAUGUAUGGAAUUACGACGGGAGCAAGGUUUUCAUCCCAGUAGCGAACACUUGUGAGGUUUCCAUCAAUGACAUGGAGAUCAGUUACACCUCGCCCGUAUAUUCCCAACCACACCAAUGACACUGCCUCCCCAGUAUCUGUCAGCCUCCAUCGCACAACAGUCCUGGUUCCUCUCGCCUCGUCUGCGCUACACUCUGAUACGCCCAUCAGCAACUCUCGAGUUGAAUCAUGAUUCAUCAGUAAAGAGGACAUUUCUCCAUUGAUUCCUUGUUCAUUGGAUCCGUCGUCGUGUCCAUUGCAGACGGAAUUGACGAUGGCAUGCGGUAAGAAUAGGUCUCCUCGCAGUUCGGUGUGGCCGGAUGUUGUAGGCUCGCAGAUUGUUCCUGACUGAGCAGUUCCGGAUAGUGGUACUUCAGAUAUACCAGUCCUGCGUAGCCGAUUUAACUCUUGGACAGCUGCUCUGAGGGCAGUCAUUGGUGAAUCCAGUGGCCUGCAAAUGAUUGUUCAUUCUCUGUAUAGUGACUGGUUACACCAAAACGUCUGGCAAUAUUACUGACACUGCGCCCAGCAUCAAGCAACCCAACUGUUCUCUGACGGUUAGUUUGUGAUAGGCAUGGCAUUGUCAAACAAUAUUUAAUAGGCUUUAUUUAUUGUUUUUUUUGAAGGUGUGCACUCAUGAAGAUACCUUAUUGAAAUAUCGGGUGUAUGCAUGCCCAACAACUGGCCCACAGCAUGAAAAUCAUCUUUUCGGUCAUGAUGGCACUCCGAAACAAUAUGCACGUGCAAUGUAUGGUAUAGUGUGGCACGUACGCACAGUGGUUUUCGAUUAUGGUGAAAUGGCACACUAAAUAAAUAUUCAAGAUUUCAACAUGCAUACUUUCUUUUUUGGUCGAGUAUAAUUCAUUUAUUUUUUAAAUUGUCUCAGGCUUUAUAAUGUAAAUAUUUUAAAUUCAUUUACACAUUUUAUAUGAUACUCAAAAAACACAAACGACGAAAUACAAGUUGUUAUUUCCAUUUUGCCAAAUUUCCUUGAUAGCGAAUGCACAUUGUCAUUCAUUAUAAACCACAUAACGGUAUUCAUGUGCUUUACUUUGAUUGUACGUUUUUUUAAUUGCUAGUACAGUACAGUGUCUAGUCAGGCAGUUUUAAGAUUUGACAGUAUAUAUGCUUGUGUAGGUCUCCGAGAAUUGAAAGUUUGGGUAACCCAAAUAUGGGUUGUGCAACUUUUUUUUUGCUAACCCAUUUCAUUUUGCGUAACCCAUUAUAAAUAUAUUAUGUGAACAGUGACAAAUGAUAGUGUACAAUAUUUUUAAUGUCUUUAUUUUUUUUUACGCAAAACAGACUUGCACGAACAACACGCAAAUGAAAUAUUUUGCGUAAUUGCAAAGGCCUAUUGUGUACAAACCAGACUCAUGUAUAUAUGCAUGUCCAGCAGUCACCUCGGUAGAUACAUUCUGCAUGCAUUCAUUUGACGUGUGGUGUUACGAAAUUCAAAUGCUCGCUAGACUUGUUUUGGUGUUUUACAUGAAUAUGACAGGGCGAGAACUAGUCAGAUUCUUAGUGGAUGAUUGCGACUAAAUCAUCAUCUUGAAUGCAGUCCUGUCUGUGCAGGGAAGAUUAAAAUGCUGGCUGUUCAUCCAUGUAUGUCCAAAUCAUCUUGUGCCGAAUUUACAAAGACUGUUUUUCUCAAAUACAGGUGUUUAAGCCUUGUAAAUGUAUGUAGUUACACGUGUGUAAGACAUAAACAGGCUUUGUAAAUUCGGCCUGUAUCCAAAAUGUUCAACAAAUGUAUUUUGUAUGCAACUGAUUUCAUUUGUCCCGUGUCCGUGUACCUCAAAACGGUAUUGGGUGGGGGCAGGAUGUAGAUGGUAAAGCACUCACUUGAUGAGCAGUCGGUUUCGGAUCGAUCCCCGUCUGUGAGCCCAUUGGGCUAUUUCACAUUCCAGCCAAUGCACCGCGACUGGUAUAUCAAAGGCCAUAUCUGUGGGAUGGCGCAUAUAAAAGAUCCUUUGCUGCUAAUGGAAAAAUGUAGCGGGUUUCCUCUCUUAAGACUAUAUGUCCAGUGUACCUAAUGUUUGACAUCAAGUCAGAAUUCCAAAUGUUUCUUUGUUGCCACCAUGUCUGUAUAGUUUUGUUACAGUCCGCUUUUUGCAGUUUGUUUCAGGAUGAACAAACAGAUUGUUGCUGGUUUUAAGCACACAUCAUUGUUCUGAUUUAAUAAGGACCAUGUAUAUUAUGAUCUUUAGUCGGAAUAAUUUUAGAAUUAUAUUGUUAGUAAUGUACACAAUUAGUUUUAUAAGUUGUUCUGUGUGUCAUUUAAACAGAAAUGAUAGCCAUUUCAUGUGAUAUAUUAUCAUAAUGGCAUUUAUUCAUUUAGUGUUUUGUGGUUACUGGUACCCUAUCAUUUGUUAUAUAAUUAAAAUAAAACUGUUAUUCAAAAUUA